CAGACUUUUCUGCACAAAUUGCCGUGCAAACGAUUUCAUUUGGCCUUUUGUGCGUCCCAAGUAUCUGCUGAAGCCAUUUGGCACUAGACGCCUGCAGUCUCCUGGGUGUUUUGCUCGCUGAUCCGGACUGAAGUGAUCGCCCCAUCUCAGGGAGCUGGGCGAUGGAGGAAUCGGUGCAGCAAUUCCUGCAGGAAGCAGGGUUACAGGAGUUCGCAGGAGCCCUGGAGGGCCUAGGUGUCCAAUGCAUCAAAGACUUGGAAGAACUCGAGGCAGAGGACUUCCAAGAGAUUGGCAUGAAGAAGCUGCAAAAGCGUCGCCUGGAGCGCCACUUGGGAGAACGCCUGGAGCGCGCGCCCAAGCGGCCGCGAGGAGCCGCUGCGGAGCCCGUGGCGCAGGUGGCGCAGGUGGCGCAGGUGGCUACACCUGCGGUGAACACCAGCGCAGAGUUCAAGGGGGAGGAGGCAGCGAGGAGCGAUGCGAGCUCUUUUCCAAGCACGGAGAUGCCUCCGCCUAGCUGCCCUAGCCACAGCGAGAACGAGAUGAAGAGCGAGGUGAAGGAGCAGACAGAGGUGCCUUCCAGGCCCGACGAUGACGGUGAGUGGGAGAUGUUGGGUGAAGAUGACCUCAUGCAGCAUGUGAACAGCUUGGGUCAAGAGGCUCCAGAGGCUGUCAUGGACAUUGAUCACUUCCCACUGGCGAGCUGCAACCGUGAAGCCACAGGCGCACAGCUGAUUGGCCUGCAGACGGAUCUGCAGGACGACAUGCACGUGGCCAAGUUGGUGACCAAUAUCGAAGAGGUCGUGGCGCUUUGCAACAUCGUCCGGCCCAAGAGUGCGUCGAUGGUCCCCAAACUGAAGGUGAACUUUCAGAAGCUGAGCGAACCUUCAGCGAGCUUCCAGGUGGUGGCGCUCUUGGGCGAGCAGCCAGAUAUUCGAAAAUUCCUCGACUCGCUGCAAGUCCCACAGCCGACGGUAGACAUCUUGAAGAAAGAGGCGCCCGGCCUUUAUGCCUUGGUCCACCAGCAGCGGCUCUACUUGAUCCUGUGGCCCGCGAGUGGUGGCUUCCGGGAUCAUGCACAACGUCGACAGUUGAUCAGUUUCAUACAUUAUGUGUUACUGCUGGCCUCAGAGGUGAUUUGGCUGGUACAGCAAGGUGACGUGGAUGGUGUGCAGAGUGUUGGAGGCUCCUUGAGGGCGGCUGACACUUCAAGGAACAUGGACAUUCAGAUCAGCAUGAAGUCUGCGAGUGAAGAUGAUUGCACACUAGGCUCCCCCUUUCAAGCGUCGCUGAAGUGGGAUUUUGCUGCCGUAAAAGUCUUCAGUGGCAAGCAGCGGGCUUCUUUGGGCAUGAUGAAGGUUCAGCCUGCUGGCAGAUACAAGCAGAAAGAUAUACAGCAGGAGACCAUAUUGAAUUUCUUUCGCAACAUCAAGGACACCCAUGUGGUGCACUUUGACCCGGCUUUAAAGUUGGAAGACGCUGCUGAGUUUGUGAAGACUGUUGCGCCUGACAAGUUCAAAGAGAUUCAAGAACGGCACAUCCAAGCGCAAAAUGAUGCGCUCCAGCAGGCGCUUGCCAAGGAAAAUGCGAUCGAAGAGAGUGCGCAACGUGAGAGGGAACAAGUCUUUCGCAAACUGAAAGGGGCCAUCUGGGAUGAGUUUCUUCAACACCAUCCCCGGGAAUUCUUCGCGCUGAAUGCAUGUGAUACAGAAUGCGUCUUGUGCAGCCAAGAGUUGGGCAAGAUGCCUUGUGCUUGCUUGCCCUGUAGUCCCAGCCACAUAUUCCAUCGUGAUUGCCUGAAGCAGUGUUUGAAAAGCCGUGCUUCGCCUGGCCAGUGCCCAAGUUGCCCUUUGUGCAGGUGUGAGUUUCCGAACCGCCCAGUGCAAGACUUGCUUGUGGACCUCACAGACAAGGAUGCCGCUCAUGAGCUGGCCAGACAGCUUCCUACCCAAGUCGAUCACGUGCUUGUGGGCAAGUGGAAUGCCACCAGCCAGAGGUGGUGGCGGGGACUGAAUUACUUUGUCAUCAUGGAGGACGGACGCCGAGAUCUUUUGAUCAAGGUUUCUGUCGACAAGAUUGCUGAUGGACCAGAUGGAGUAUUGCACAGAGGCUCUGGCCCCGGUGCUGGCUACUGGUACGCCAUUUUGAAGUACCCAUCAAAUGGGCAGAUCUUUGGAACGGUACGGCUGAGGGAAUUGGGAAAUGACGAGGUUGACAUUUGGCAUCGACCUCGUGGAGAGAGAAUCUGGGGCGAUCCUUGCAAGGCUGCAAAGGAUGUAGCUUUGGCGUCGCGUGCAGAUACCUGCAGCCUGGGUGGCGCGAUCAAGCAAGCAAAGCUGCGGCUCACCAACUUGUCAAGCAUGUACAUGUUUGCAAUGGUGGCGCGUUCCAAGAAGUGGUUUGAGGCCAAAGGACUGCCUUUGGCGGAUACCAUGCGGCAGAUGCUGAUAGAGUCCGUGCAAGAUCCAAACGCUUUCAACCAUUGGCACAGAAAGCUGGCCCCUGAACAGGGCUUUUUUGAGAGGCUUCGUAAUUAUGGCAGUGGGGAUGCAGGGAAUGUGGAGAGUGUGAAGAAGUUGAUGCAGGAUGAGUACAGACGAGGUAUCUUGCAUGAACCCAAUUACACCAAAACGCUGCAAACUUACCGAGAACAACUUCUUGCCAAAAUGGACGAAGCCCUUCGACAGAUGUCCGAUCAAAUGUUCAGCAGAUUGAAGCAGCAUGUGAUUUCCCAAAAAAAGGCAGAACUUCAGAAGGAUCGGGCUGACAAUGAGGUGGAGCUUGAACGCCAUGUCAGGAAUGACUUGUCGAGGGCGAUGCAAAGCUUAGCUCCGCCCAAUGCGAUGAGCAUCAUGCUCACCAGGAUGGUCAGCCGUUUCUCCGGAAACUACAGAUUGCACUACGAGAAAGAGGUCGAGGGAUGCCCCAAACUCUUCUGCAAACUGGAGCACCUCAAAGUUGAGAAGCAACUCUUUGAACAGGUUCUAGCUGGUGAAGGAGACCACUUGCAGGUCGAACUGGAAGCCUCAGGUCCCGAAUUCGCCCUUGACGUCCAGGACCCUGACGACGUGCAUUUGCUUGGCUCUUUGUCCAAGGAACGCGUGUUUUGGAUCUCUUCUCAUGAGAUUCCAGAUGGUGGCAAGGGGGUGAAGUUUCACUGCAGUGCGAGAAGCCAGCCAACUAAAGAGCUUCUGAACAUCAAACGGCCGACCAGUUCAGUUGCCUUCAAUGAAACUCUUCGCAUGUUGGCCUUGUACAACCAAGCUUCGAAGGUGGUUGCAGUUUAUGUCUGGGACGAGGCAUUUACACGCCACACGGACUAUUGCGCCCCGAUCAACCUGGAAGCUUACGUGCAAGAUGCCGACUUGCUGCAAAUGCACUUCUUGCCGGCGUCCAAGCAGCUGUGCUUCGUUCUCCGCAACAACAUGGUGAAGGUGUACGAGCUCGUUGCGAAGACCAUGCGCCCUCGUGGCUUCCAAAUCGCACCGCAUGCAAAAACUUUCGUGGAUUCCACAGGGACUGCGUUGGUGGUGCUGCGCCAGGAAAGCUCCAAGUGGAUGGUUGACGUCAUUCUUGUGGCCGACGGUCGCCAAGUGAAGACUCUGGCACUCCCAUUGGCGCUGCAAGACGAGGUUCCUGUGGUUGACAUUCUGCGGCUCUAUGGUGUGGAUUUCUUGGUCGCUUUGGACAGUGCGACCAAAACCCUGCACGGUUGGAGGCUCCACUUGCAAACAGCCGAGCAAGUUUGCUCCAUGGAACAGGUGGGUGAAAAGGCAGUUGAGACCACCAAGUGCCAAUCCGCAGGCAUGGCUUGUUUCGACAUUUUGUACCAGGUUCUGGCCAAGUUCACCAACCAUCCGGCGCUUGGUGCAGACCUUGCGCAACAGAUGACGCGCCUGAUUGUUGUUGGCCCAGCCAUGUCUUCCAAUCCUGGUCCAGUUGUUGAGAGAUAUGUUGCGGACAUCAUCAGGCGGCUCAGGCAAGACACACAAAAACCAUCGUUGGAUGGCUUCAAUUUGGACGUCUCUUAUUGGCCUGUGAGCUCCAACGAGGAUGCUGGCGAUGUGGUGUCAAAUUUACAGAGUUCUGAGAUGACAAUGGCUCAGCUGUUGCGCAAACUCAUUUGCCUGGUGCCCUUGCAGAUUGCCCGUGCCGAGAAUGAAUCCUUUGUGAUCCUGAAAGAUGGCAUGCGCGAGGACGUCAGUGACUUCAGCAACCUGAGUGAGUUGGCAGAGUUUAUUUCCUUCGGGCUCUAUGAGCUGGUAUUGGAAAGCAAUGAGAACCCGGUGGUGGUGAUCAGCAGCAUGGGCAAACAGUCCACUGGAAAGUCCUACAUGCUGAACCAUUUGGCAGGCACAAGCUUUGAUACCUCUGGCGGCCGCUGUACUGAUGGCGUGUGGAUGACGGUUCGUGAGCACAGUGACAUCACUUAUGUGAUGCUGGACUUCGAAGGCUUGGGCUCUUUUGAGCGGUCAGCGCAGGAAGACAUGCUGCUGUCGGUCUUCAAUGCCGCCAUUUCUCACGUUUCGCUCUUCCGCACAGAGAAUCGCCUGGAUUGCGACACCGCAAGCAUCUUCUCGCGCAUGCAGCAGGGGGCAAAGCUGAUCCAAGGGGACGAAGAGCUGUUCAAUGGAUUUUUCCAAAUCGUGGUGAAGGACGUCGUCUCUGAUGCGAAGGAAGUUGCCCAGGAGUUUCGGCAGAAGAUACAGCACAUCAUUGCAAGGGACAAGGAAGACAACUUCUUCUUGCGCUUAUACAAGGGCCGUGUUGGCAUCCUGCCGUUCCCAGCUUUGGGACGUGCGGAGUUCUACCGGGAGUUCAACUCGCUGACCAGCAAAGUCCGUGCUGCGCAGGCGGAGAAGCGUUGCUUUGAAAGCGGGCGACAGUACUUGCGGAACACCAAGCUCUUGAUGGCAAAGAUUGCCAUGAAAGAUUGGACGCCGACUGAUCAGAACAAGAUCAAAAUGCUGCUUGCCAGCCUCCAGGAGUGCCUUGCAACUGCAGUGAUGGCAGGUUGCAUGGCGGUGACUGAGGAUGGCCCCGUUCCAUUGCUUCACUUGCGAAGCAACAAGACUUUCUUGGACAAAGGCAGUGAAGGUGAUGAACCAGAGAUGAACAGCAUCCUAGCAGCUGUGCCGGAUGAGGGCUUGCAAUUGGCACUGGUUCAGGAGCAAGACGGAGCGCUGGACGUGGAAGUGUCGUGCGAGAUCAUGGCAUCCCUGCUCAGCAAACUGAAAGCGGCUGUGAACUGCUCUACUGCCACCGACUGGACUCCGGUUCUGCAAGCCUUGGCGCAGCGUCGGCAGAAGCGCAUCGUUGCGUGGCUGGAAGCCAAUGUCGAGCACGUGGCGGGCGAAGGGGAUGCGCAACGUUUGCUGAUGGUGGCCAAGACGGUCCUAGCCAGGCUGUUGCAGAAACUGCGGCUUUGCGGUCAGGAUUGCGGAAUGUGCCGUUUGCCUUGCACCCUACCCGUUGAUCACAGCUCAUCGUCCCACGACUGCGGCACUGAUCACAAGUGUCAUGCCUUCUGUCACUACUGCGCGUCAGAUGGUGUGGCUGCAGCUUGUGUUCAGCCGGCUGGCCACUCAGCAGAGCACGAUUGUGGAGAUGCUGCUCACACAUGUGGGGCUGAAUGCUCACUGAGCAAUUUGGGGAAUUGUGGAGGUCGUUGCGUGCUGAAGCCCGGGCAUUCAGAAGAGCAGCACUUGUGUGGAUCCAAGAGGCACCAUUGUGGAAAACCUUGUGCUCUCAGCACUUGUCAGCAUUCUUGUGUGUUGCCGCACGACCUGAUGCACGACCGGUGCGAGUGCCACAUCAUUGUGUGCCCCAACAAGUGCACAUUUCCCAAUUGUACCUUCAUGUGCUCGGAGCAGGAUCACUUCCACACAGAAGGCCACAGCGGGGAUGGUUGCAUGUGUGACCAGCCGCACCAGUGCCCUCAUGAGUGUGAAGCACCAGGCAUUUGCGAAAUCUAUUCCGAGCUGGUGGUCAAGAAGCAGAAGUUCACCGGAAAGCACGACACCUUUGACUACGAUGCGAUUGAAACCGAGCAGAACGGUGUUCGCAAGGGUUGUUGCAAGGUAGUGCCACCCAAGAGUCGGCAGCAUGAAGGUGAACACAUUCAUUCGAGCACUGAAAACUUGGUGCAUUACUGUGAUGUGAAGUGCCCCACUUGCGGCUACUACUGCACCUUACCAUGGGAGCAUUCAGGAGAGCAUGACACUCGUCAUGGCAACAUGCGGCGGACCUACUUCGUGUCGGAUGAGGAUGUGUUUACCUUGGGAUCUCGCAAAUAUGCUCCCGCUGAGUCUGGAGUGGCAGAGAUGUGCAACAUGUACUGCCAUCGGGCUGGACGUGGGCACACGCAUGUGAAGCUAUGCGCUGACUAUUCCAGUGGGCAGGGUGGGCAGUGCUGCAUCUCGGCCAUGCCAGGACGGCGCCAUUCCAUGCGUCAGUACAAGCCGAACCCCGAGAUUCCCAAGGACGAGUUCACCCAUGAGGCUUUCUGGGAGAGCACUGGAUUUAAGGAUCCAUGCUCCAACGAGGACAAGGAAGUCUUCGGGAAAUGCAACCACUUUUGCCCACACGCCUCACACAUGAAGGAUGGCGAGCUGCCUUCCUUUUGCACCCUGCCGCUGUGGCAUGCAGCGCUGUCGGACCAAGAAGGCAAAGAAUAUGUGAGGCAGCACGGUGGGAUUGUGUCACCUGAUGGGCAUCAUUUCAGUUGUUCGCACAGAACCAGCCUGCCAGUCCAUACCAUCUUCCUCAUUGACAAGUCUGGUUCCAUGAGCUACAAUGAUGUUGUGCCUGAGACGCGGCCGUGGCGGGACUCGCAUCCAAAUCGGUUGGGUUGCGCACUGGCGGCCAUUCAAAGUUUUGUGGAAAAGCGACAACACAGUAGUCCAGAUGACAAAAUCUCUUUGUUGGCCUUCGACACAGACGCUCUCAAUGGGCCAUCUAUGGUUUCGAUCUCGGACUUCGACACUUGCCAUCAAUGGCUCAGCAACCUGGAGGCAAACUAUCAAACCAGCUUCGCCAAUGCCAUGGCUGCAACUAUCCCACUGGUGCAGCAAACGCCCAACAGCCACCGAUCAAUGGUGAUGUUCUUGUCGGAUGGUUGGGAUCAUUUUCCCGCACAGGCCCUGCAGAGGGUCUUUGCUGCCGUGGCCCGCAGCACACCGGGCAAAGCGCUGCGCUUGCACACAGUGCAGUUCCCUGCCCAGCACGGCAGUGAUGCCGACGUGCUGGCACAGAUGGCGCAGGCGGCUCGGAACCAUGCGGCCUUUGAUGAUGAGUUUGCCCAGGCCAGUAGCUCCAUGCAGUCUGUGGACAACAUUUCCUUGCAGGAGACCUUCAUGGGCAUAGCUGAGUCGCUUUCUUCCGCGGCUGGUGGGCUGAUCACUGCCAGUUGAAGAAGCUUCAAGAAGCGUAGAUGCACUUUCGUGCGUUUGUUUGACAUUUAGCUGGGCUGCACUUCCCAGAAGUGCAUGCCAUGGGGACAUUAGCUUGUUUAGGGACCUCCCAAGCUCCGCGGUUUGAUGCUGGCAAAUGGCGG